CAGACGAGGCGCAGCCAUUUUACUCCGCAAAAUAAACUUCAGCCUUGUACUGAGACGGCAGGAAGAGAAAAAUCUGCUCCAGCCCGAUGGACAUGUCCUGAUCCACGGCUCGGAUGGGUUCUGCUUUCGAGUCGACAGAGUUCGGCUGCCUUGCUUAAAGGGCCGGUGACCCAGACCGCUCUCUCUCGCUCUCCCCGGCCGCCCCCUCCAGAGGCAGCAUGGAGCCCUGGGCGUCCCAGCAGCAGCUCGCAGCAGAGGGGGAUUGUGGGAUAUCCAGCCUGCUAGUGCCAAGUCCACAGAGCGAGGCGGUGACCCACGAGAUGGAGGAGCUGUCGCUGCAGCCCACGCAGAGCCUGCCGCCACUCAACGAGCGCAAGAACGUUCUGCAGCUGCGGCUGCAGCAGCGCCGGACCCGGGAGCAGCUGGUGGACCAGGGCAUCAUGCCGCCUCUGAAGAGUCCAGCAGCGUUUCAUGGCCAGAUCCGCAGCCUGGAGCGAGCCAGGACGGAAAACUUCCUGAAGCACAAGAUCCGCAGCCGGCCGGAGCGCGCCGAGCUGGUCCGGAUGCACAUCCUGCAAGAGACGGGGGCGGAGCCGUCGCUCCAGGCGACCCAGAUGAAGCUGAAGCGGGCGCGGCUGGCCGACAACCUGAACGAGAAGAUCGCCCAGCGGCCCGGACCCAUGGAGCUGGUGGAGAAGAACAUCCUGCCGGUGGCGUCCAGCCUCAAGGAGGCCAUCAUAGUGGGCCAGGUCAACUACCCCAAGGUUCUGGAGGAGGACGGCUGCUAUGACGCCGUGUCUCCGGAGCAACCGGCCAGCCAGGAGUCUCAGGGCUCCGCCCCUUCACCUGGAGAGAGCAGAGUCCCGGAAACCCCGCCCCCAGGCCCGGCGCCCCCAGGCCCGGCGCCCCCAUGCCCGGCGCCCGCAGUCCUGCCUGCCAUCGUCAUGCUGCAGCCUCUUCCUAGCGCAGACUUCCCAAAGCCAGCUUCAGCCAAUGAGCAGCCUCUCGCCCGUUCACCUGUCCAGCAUCCUGUCCAGCAUGCCACGCCCACCGCCGCGCCCACCGCCGCGCCGGCUGCUUCCAAACCGGGGCCGACUCUGGUAAAGCAAAGCCAACAGAAAAGUCUGUCUGAGAAAAGCCGCAGCAAGAAGGGCAAAGAGGCCAAGUCACGCAUGAAGAAGCUCAAGUACCACCAGUACGUCCCUCCGGACCAGAAGCAGGACGCCGGCGAGCCGCCCAUGGACUCGUCGUACGCCCGCCUGCUGCAGCAGCAGCAGCUCUUCCUGCAGCUGCAGAUCCUCAGUCAGCAGCAGCAGCAGCAGCAGCAGCAGCACUACAACUACCAGACCAUCCUGCCGGCGCCGCUCAAGCCGGUGGCGGAGAGUCAGAGCAGCGGCGUCGGCGCCCUGCCCUCCUCCAUCGUCGUGUCUCUGCCCACCGGCCCCCCGGCGCCGCCCACUCCGCCGCGACCCAACAACCUGCUGGCCAAUCGCAAGCCAGGAGUCCUGCCAGCCAACCUGGAUGAGAUGAAGGUGGCGGAGCUGAAGCUGGAGCUGAAGCUGCGCGGUCUGCCGGUUUCCGGAACCAAAACGGACUUGAUAGAGAGACUGAAGCCGUUCCAGGAAAACUCCUCCCUGGCGGCUCCGCCCGGCGUUCCCAUAUCCAGCGCCCCCUCCUCCGUGCCCAUGGAGGUCUCUUCCUCCGCCGCGCCUACUGUCGUUCUUCCAGUCCAGCAGGCGGCGCCAGAGAGGAUGUGCUCCACCCCACCUAACUCGCCCAUUCCCUCAGACCCGGCCGCUCUUCAGCCGGACAUCAGCAUGUCUGAGGCCGAAGCCCAGCCGGGUUCUGGUUCCGGUUCUCCCCGGCCGGAGGAGCGGGACCGGCGGCUGCAUGAGAAGCAGCGGCAGAUCGAGGAUCUGAUGAGGAAACUGGAGCGGGAGCAGCGGCUGGUGGAGGAGCUCAAGAUGCAGCUGGAGGUGGAGAAGAGGGGCCAGGCCGACCCGGUUCUGAGCUCCAGCGCCGUGAAGAUGGAGGGCCCGGUUCUGUCCAGCUGCUCCUCCGGCGCUACCGUCCUGAGUCCCCAAGUGGUCAAGCUGGAGGACGUGACGUUGUCGGCCGGGAAGCCGCUGCAGCUCCAGACCCAAACCCAAACCCAGAUCAUCGCUCAGAUCCAGAACCGGCGGCCCCCCGCCGGGCCCCAGGCCCAGCCCGCGGCCCCUGGCCUGCAGCAGUUCUUCAUCAGCCACCCUGCCGGGGUCCUGGGCCAGCCGCAGACGCUGAUGACCGCAACAGGCCAGACCACGACCCAGAUCUUCGUCCCGGUCUCGCUGCCGAACAGCGCCGCCGCCAUCCAGCUGCCGAACAGCGCCGCCGCCAUCCAGCUGCCGAACAGCGCCAUCAGUCUGCAGCCGGUCCUCCCGGCGCCGUCCUCCGGUCCGGGUCCGGGUCUGGUCCAGAAUCCUCUUCCUCAGCUGCAGAGCGCCAACAUGGAGGUCUCAGCCAAUCAGCAGCCGCCGCUGCUGCAGACUCUGACGCUGUGCAGCGGCCCAGCCGCUCUGGGGAACCAGAACCGGACCGAGCCCAGCCCUCAGCGCUUCCUGCAGCGUUCUCCAGAGAGCAGAGCGUCUCCCCACACGUCCCCCAACCACCAGGCGUCCAACGGCCCGCUGAGCAAGCAGACCUUCGUCCUGCAGCCCAGCAGGGAGCCGCCCCGCUACGAAGACGCCGUGAAGCAGAGCCGCAGUCUGCAGGCCGCCAGCCAGGUUCCCACGGCAACCAGCCAGCACAUGGAUGACUUGUUCGACAUCCUGGUGGAGAGCGGCGAAAUCCCUCCCUUCCUGCCUCAGGACGCCGCCGGCGCUCUGACUAAAACUCUCCCGGUGACGGCGAGCGUCACGACGCUUCCCGUCGGCUCGGCGCUGUCCCGUUCGCCGCCUCAGGUCCAACUGGGCCCGCCGGUUCUGGACCAGCCGGUUCUGGACGGCCAGCUGGAGGCCUUCUUGGAGCGGACGCUGGCGGAGACGGCGUCGGACCCGCGGACCCGGGGCUUGAUGGAGGAGCUGCGGAGCCAGCUGGCCGACCCGUUCGUUCCCAUGGAUACCACGGACCCGUCCUUCUCCGACCCGGCCGGGUCGGCGCUGGGCCUGGCGCUGUUCGACUCCAACCUGGACAGCAUGGAGUGGCUGGACGGCCCCGGCCCCCCGGGGCCCGCCGGGUUCCCCGCCGAGUUCCUGGAGCCGCAUGACAUGCAGCUGCACUUCGACUGACCCGACCAGAACCGCCGACCCAAACGGGCUGCAGGAUUCUACUGGAACCAAAUGAAGACGAGGAGGAAGGUUCCUGUAAAUACGGUUUGGACCCGGACAGAGCCGCCGGUUCUUCUGAGUUCUCCCACCCGGUCCGGUUCAGUUUGGUCCCGUCAGAACCGCCCGUCUCGUCCGUCUGGAUCAGAACUAUGCACUAAAGGCGCCGCUUCCCCUCAGAACAAACCCAUGGAGACACGGCGGUCCGCUCACCAACUGAAUGUAGUUCUAAAGACGCCGACCCAAAAACGGCAGCUGAUGAGAAACCGGAGAAGGUUCUGGUGCCGCAGGUUCUGGUGACCCGGUUGGCUUCAUUGCGAGGCGACCAGUAGAAAGUCAAAGCUACGGUGGCCUGCAGGGGGAUUUCCUGCCAAAGUUUUCACGCCCUCUGCAGCUGCAGCCGGUUUCUCUGGGAUCAAAGUUCUGGACGGUCAGUUUUCCAGAUCCAAUCUGAGCGGGUCCAGACCUGAGAGGCAUCAUGCUGCCACCACCGUGUCUGACCUGCCAGAACGCCUCGGGUUCAACGUCAAGAGCAAGGAAAACACACAUCUGAAGUGUUUCAAAGUUUUUAUUUUUCUUGUGGAAAAAUAAUAUAAUUAUGAGGGAAAAGUCAUGACAGUAAAUCACAAUAAAGGGAAGCAUAAAAUGCAAUAUGAUCAAUUGUUCUUCCAUCAAACAUUUCUGUUAAUAUUUUACAAUCUAAAGCAAAAUGAAACUUUUUGUUCUUAAAUGUGAAGAAAAAACAUUUUUUAUCCUGAUCAACAGGAAAAAAACACAAGAAUCUUUAAUUUAUUCAAACCAAAAGAGACAAAAACUCGUCUUGUUCUGAUCAAACUAAAGUAAUAAUUACUCCACUUUCUAAAAGUGAUGAACUAAAACCAUUCAGACACGAGGCAGCGACAGCCACAGGGGUCAGAGUUCAUCAGGAGACAUUGGCAAGAACAACAACACGGCGGCAGGAACCGAAAGACGGUCCAGAACCAGGAGGAUCCUCCAGAACCGCAGGGAUCCGGUUCAGACUUAGACCAAAGGCUUCAGGCUGGCCGUCCCACCGGUUCUCCUCUGGUCACUACAGAUCCUGAUCCUGAUCCAGAUCCAGAUCCUGAUCCUGAUCCAGAUCCAGAUCCAGAUCCUGAUCCUGAUCCUGAUCCAGAUCCAGAUCCAGAUCCUGAUCCAGAUCCUGAUCCAGAUCCUGAUCCUGAUCCUGAUCCUGAUCCAGAUCCAGAUCCAGAUCCUGAUCCAGAUCAUUGUUGGUUUUCCUGCCGAACCGAAACUGGCAACUUCUCCACGAUGGAGUCCUUCCCACUGGCAUCCAACCUGCGUCUGUCCCACAGCAUGUCAGUCUGAGCCAGGCGUCCCAUCAUGGGUCCAAAUGAGUCCGUCCAGCCAGGACAAGCAGCCUGUCUUUUACCCAAAAUCUGAUCAAUUGCAUUGAAAGACCAGUUGAUCAGAUCCAUAAUUUGCAGAUGGUGAAGUGUGGAAAACGACUCGUCUCUGUUGGUCUUCAGUCAAAUGCUUGAUGGAAGAACAUAAAAUGUUCCACAAGGUUAAAAAACAAAACUUGACAUUUUUAAUCUGUUGCUAAGAAAAUUAUUAGAAAACAUAUCAACUCAUUUUAUCGUUUUAACAAACAAAUGAACCUGUGAACAAACUACUGUAGUUAGUGGUUGUACUGUGACAGCAGGAGAAGUUUGAAUACUUUUGUUUCUGUGUGUGUGUGUGUGUGUGUGUGUGUGUGUGUGUGUGUGUGUGUGUGUGGUGUGUGUGUGUGUGUGUGUGUGUGUGUGUGGGAAGCAUGUCACCGUUAGGAGCAGCCAUGUUCCUCUGCAUGUCCGUCUUUCUCUGCAUGUUUUGGGUCCAGCUAACAGAACCACCGGGUUGCCAUGUUGGGUCACCGGGUUGCCAUGUUGGGUCUGCCACACCACAUUUUCUUACCUGAAUGUUGAGCUGCAGGUAAAUUUCCUGCAGUUCUGUAGACGAACACUAGAGGGCGACCAUCUGCUCUAACCUGAUUGGUCGGUUUCCUCCUCUUCAUCACCUUGCUGUGGUUUUAUUCCAAACUCAUCGAGCAGCUGUUUACUUCUUUUCUCCUCUGAUUGGUUGGAUGACUUUGAGGAUUUCCUGUCACUCUUUCUCCUGUUUACUUGAGGGUGUCCAAAGUGCGGCUCGGGGGCCGGUUGUGGCCCUUGGAACCUUUUGCCAGAGGUCAGGUGUCCAGAUUUUGAACAGAUUUAAAACAAAGUUUCAAAAACACACAGAAAAUGUUGAUAUUAAAUUGGAAAAACUGCAUAAGUUUAAAAUUGAUUUGUACCAUCUCUUUGACUAAAUUGUAGACUUUUCAAAAUAAAGAAAGAGCCAUAAAUAGACAAAAAUAUUGAAAAAUAUGAUCAACUUGAAAAAAUUUGGGUACAAUUUUUAAAAAAAGAUUGUUUUAAAUCUGCAAUACUUUAUCACUUGCUUGAAAUAUGACUGCUGUCAUUCAAAUUCAGGAAAAAAUCAAAACAUGAAAGACUUUUUGCAAAAACACUAAAACGUUUGACACUCUGAGACAUUUUUGGUCCCGGCGCCACAAGUUUGGACACCUGGUUGACUUCCUGCGGACCAGGCGAUCUGCAGCAGGCGAGGACGACGCAAAGCAAUAACAGCUGCUCCGUCACUCUCUGCGUUCUUCUUCUGAGGCAGAAAUGCUUUUUCAUAUCUGAGCAGAUCAGCUGAUGUCGGCCAUCUUGAUUUACUGACCCAUGCCACGCCUCCUGUUGGAAUGCCAUACGUUUUGCACAUUGUGUACAUAUUUCUAUAGAUGUAAUGCAUAUUUUUAUACAUGUGUACCAUCCACGGGCUCCUCAUGUUGUAAAUACUCUUAAGAGAGGUGUGUAUAUAUGAAUACAAUCUGCUUUUAUGUGUUAAUAAAAGUGAGUGUUGACGAUUCUGA